CCCUUGUUUUGUUUAGUUUUCAACAAAAUUAUGUGAAUAUUAAUUGUGCAAGACUGAAUUUUUAUGGAAAAAUGCGAUAAAAAAGUAGUUUAAAAAGUGUUGACGCAAUUUUAAAAUUAACAAGUGUUUUAAAAAAGGAGUAAUUGUAUGAUCAAUGGCUCAAGAUACUCGAAUUCAAGUCGAUGGUUUUGGAUUUUUACCUGCAAAAUUUUGUGAAAUUGAAAAUACACGUAAAAUUGUGCAAAGGUAUACUCUGACAAAUAAAAACAAUGCAUCAGUUCAAUUAAUUUCAUGGGGAGCAGGAAUUCAAUCAAUUAGGGUACCGAAUAAAAAUAAUAUUUUAGGUGAUGUGGUUUUAGGAUACGAUUCUCUUCAAGAUUAUUUAGAAAAUAGAUACAUUGGUAGAAUAAUAGACAAAGUUGACAAUAGAUUUUCUGAUGGUAUUUUUCGUAAUGAUAAAAAUAAUUAUAAUCAAACUGAUCCUGAAUUUGACAGUGCAAACUGGGAAUCUCACGUCUUAGGAAAUCAAGUAAUAAUGUCAUUUCAAUAUUCCGGUCAUAUGUUAAUUCAAGUAAAAUAUUCCUGGACUAAUGAAAAUGAACUUCACAUAAAUAUUCGAGCGAGAAGUACAAAAUCAACUCCUGCAAAUUUUACAAAUUAUUCCUUUUUCAAUCUCGCUGGCCAUGCUACUGGACCAAAGGAAUUAAACAAUCAUAUUGUUACAAUAAAUGCUGAUAAAAGGAAAACUGUAAAUAUCGAAAAUAAUUUACCAUCAGAAACAAUUUUGCCCGUUGAUUCUACCGCUUAUGAUUUUAGACGUCCUGUUCAAUUAAACAGAAAAAAAUUAUACAGCAUUCCCGGCGGUGGUUUUAACAAUAAUCUUUGCAUCUCAACUCCUAGUUUUUUGAGUUACAGAUUCCACGCUAGAAUUUUACAUCCAAAUUCUGGAAGAUUUCUCGAAGUUUAUUCCAAUCAACCGGAUUUGCAUUUUGACACUGGAAAUAAUUUUCCUCUUGAGAAAAGAAUUUAUUCUUCAAAUUUGGAAAAUUGUCCGAAAGGCAAAAACCAAGGAGCAAAAUUAGAAAAUCAAAAAUACGAAAUGCGUUGUAAAAAUGGUGCUUUAUAUAGAAGACACGGAGCUUUCGCUCUAAUUCCCCAAAAUUAUUCAAAUCCGGUUAACAAAAAAAAUUUUUCUCAAUAUAUUCUUCAACCUGGAAAUGUUUACAGUCACGACAUGACUUACAAAUUUGGCGUUCUCGAAUAA